AUGGUCUGUGUUCUAGGAGCCGGGAAAACAACUCUUCUAAAUUACAUACUGACAGAACAGCAUAAUAAAAGAAUAGCAGUUAUUCUGAAUGAGUUUGGAGAAGGAAGUGCCUUGGAGAAAUCCCUGGCAAUCAGUCAAGGGGGAGAACUCUAUGAAGAAUGGCUGGAGCUCAGAAAUGGCUGCCUGUGCUGUUCAGUAAAGGACAAUGGUGUGAAGGCUAUUGAGAACCUGAUGCAAAGGAGAGGAAAGUUUGACUAUAUAUUGUUAGAAACAACUGGUUUGGCAGAUCCAGGAGCUGUGGCUUCCAUGUUCUGGGUUGAUUCUGAGCUGGGAAGUGACAUCUAUCUUGAUGGUAUUGUAUCUGUUGUUGAUGCAAAGCAUGGCUUGCAGCACUUGACGGAGGAAAAGCCAGAAGGUCUUGUCAAUGAAGCAUCUCGGCAGGUUGCAUUAGCUGAUCUUAUAAUCAUCAACAAAACAGAUUUGGUUUCGGGGGAAGAAUUGAAUAAAGUCAGAACAUCUGUCAGGUCAAUAAAUGGACUUGUUAAAAUUCUAGAGACACAAAGAUCAAG